AUGACUACGCCAGCCUCCAUGGACAGGAUACUGCAACAGGAUGAGGUUCCCCCCGUGCACACAGCAAACCGCCCACCGCAGCUCAAUCCGACAGUCACGGGUCCUCAGUCUCGCUGCGACCCCCGUUCUUCUUUCUCCGACGACGACCAAGCAGAGGCUGACUUCGAGAUCAUCGAAGUUACCUCGGCCUCUGAAAAUGGCGGGAACGAUGAAUUGGCCUACAGCUCAUCAACCUUCAGUGACAUCGACGAUAUCGAGAGCCCCAACCCUUACCUAUUUUACGUUCUGCCUCUGAUGGAGGAACACGAUAACGAGGAAGAUGUCUUCUUGCUGGUCAUCCCAUAUUGGUGUGAUGAGCAACCCGGCUUGUCACACCUUCUCGAUGAGGAUCGGGUAUAUCCCUGGACCCCCGCCAACCCAGAUCCCACCGAUUCUGCGAGCCACGAUGAUACGGAUACUGAAGGCAACUAUAGCGUGCCGUCCAGCAGGGUGAAUUCCGCAAUCUUAAAUCCAUUUGAUUUUGCCGCCCAUCGGGAUGUUUCGGGUGAAGAUAGGAUAUGGUCGAUGUCAAUGUCCAUCAUGUCCUCGUCAUCAAGCAGCUCUUCGGGUAUGAAUUGCAGUGGAUGGAGCGAGUCGGCGAGCAUUUUUGUUAGGUACGCCGAGAGCCAUCUCGACGAUAUGGUGGAUGGGCGUAUAGGACGCUCCCCAGAGAGACUUGCUACCAUCUAG